AUGUUAACAACUCCCGCCGAUAACAAGGAUGCAGUCAUCUCUGGAGAGGAGCUCGCAGACGAUGUGCCUCGUGGCCCAGUGACCGCAGACGUCCUCCCCCUACCCCCCAAUCGAUACCCGCCAGAGUCCACGGAUGCCCUUCCUCUCUCGCCUAGUCGAUACCCUUUCUUUCGGACCACGCUUUUCCAGAUCCUGGUCGUGGGUCUAUGCGCCUUCUGUGCUCCGGGGAUCUGGAGCGCCAUGAACGGCCUCGGCGUCGGUGGCUCGUAA